AUGCAGUCAGGAUUGUACAUAUUUCGCUUUAUUCCCCCUCAUUGUCCACCGGAAGUGGAAAAAUCGACGGAUUCGAAAGAGGAAUGUCAUGUACCGCAGUCAUCAGAGGAAUUAAAUGAUUGGCAUGUUCUCUUGAAAAUUACAGUUGAAAGUGAGGGUCUAUCAGUAGGACCUCAAGGAAAAAUAUUUGUCAUGGAAGAUGAGUGUUGUGCAAACAGUGGCAGUAGCGGUGAACCAAUAGUUAUAUCUGCUUUGGGACGUGUUCCACGGCCGAUUAAAGAUCGUAAUGUCACAGUAGUAAUGCGAUACCCUUGUCGUUGGCAGUAUGCAGAGAUCUUACGAUUUGAUGUUCAUUUUGAUAAACUGGAAGGAUAUGUACUGGGUUCAAAGGAGGAAAUGUUGUACGAUGUAACGGUUAGCUAUGAGGGAAGUCAAGCGUAUGGAGGUUACAUUGGUGAAGCGACAGUAGAAGUUGAAGGUAAACCUUUUCCUUUACCACAUCGACUACGCCUCGUAUUAGAGCCAUAUGCAGGUCCACUUUGUACCAUGUGCUUAGAUCCUAUUUAUGCUCAAGGAUAUGGUUGCAGUGGAUGUGGUAUGGUGGAAUACUGCUCAACAGAAUGUCAAGCAGCUCAUAUGAGUGGUGGACAUGGUUUACUUUGUCAAAAACUCAAACAAACCUAUACACAAUCCUCUGAGAAAGUAGUAGCAGAGACAGAAAAAGGAACAGAAAUUGUGGCUUGGUGGCGCUGUUUGGGGGAUGCAUCUUAUUCUAUUCUUGUUGAUUACCGUAAUGACCUCGGACAGGCAAUUGAGUUUUUUAUCUGUACUUUAAAACCGGCACAAGAUGAGGGACUUCGUUAUCGCUACAUUGUAGAGAAAGGGACUACUCCUAAAGAGGUUAAUCAAGAGAAACUUGCCGAGUUUGCAUGUGCAGUCUUUAGUGCUGUAAGCAAAAAUGCUAUUAGCAAAGGUUGUGCUUCACUUGCUGCUGCGUGUCUGAAUUAUAUUUUUGUUUUCAGUCGUCACAUUGAUGCUAUUGUGGAUUCUCAUUUUAUUUAUUAUUCCAGUUAUCUCUCUGAGGAUUUUGAGGGGACUAUGUGCUCUGUAGAGGAGUACGUAACGUACGCUCGCCCAUUGCAUGAACUUGGAGUAGCACUUAUUGAGUUUGCCCUGAAGAGUCCCACUGCCCUUCUCUUCUGGCACCGCAUCAAGAUGGCCAAGAAUGUUUGCAUUAGCCUCUACAACGUGGACACCCGCUGCCAGUGCUCGGAGAUAAAGGAACUCGUAAAUGCGAUCCCCCGGCAGCAGCGGGAGACCCUCCAUUUGUUGUCGAAGCUCUUUCUCAUUAUGGCCUCGCGGGCCCCCAAGCGGGAGGGGCUGCGGCUGCUCGAGCAGGCGGAGAAGUGCCUGCGGGAUUGCCUCCCCACCGAGCCGGAGGGCCGCGAGGGGGACGGGGAGGGCGACGGCGACGAGGACCACCUCGAGGAGAUGGAGCUCUCGUGCCUCGCCACCCUCUACUUCCGCCUCGCCGUCCUCCUGCGGCUCUACGGCGACGCCAACAAGACGCGCGAGGCGGAUGCCCUCAAGGCACACGGCGAUGAGCUGCUCGCAAAGGCAAAGGCCAUGCAGGCAGAGGAAGAGGCAUCCAAGAAGAAAGCAGAGGAUGAAAACGAAAAAAUGAAAGAGAAAAAGAAAGAUUUUUGA